AAUAUGAUGCCUUCCUCUUACAGUAUUCUUACUGAUGUUACAGUUGGCCUAAAGCGGGGAUCUGACGAACUUUCUGGCACCAUUCUUAGCAGCUCAAACUCUACCAUGAGCAGUGUGGUUGUUACUGCUAAUGGCAGUGACAGCAAAAAAUUUAAAGGUGACGAUAAGAUGAUUGGUGCACCAUCCCGUGUUCUCCACAUUAGGAAGCUGCCUGGUGAAGUUACGGAAACUGAGGUCAUAGCUUUGGGUUUACCAUUUGGCAAGGUUACCAACAUUUUGAUGCUGAAAGGGAAAAAUCAGGCUUUCUUGGAAAUGGCUUCUGAAGAGGCAGCCAUUACUAUGGUGAAUUACUACACUGCAGUAACACCUCACCUUCGGAAUCAGCCUAUCUACAUCCAGUACUCAAACCAUAAAGAAUUGAAGACAGAUGAUGCUUUAAAUCAGCGUGCCCAAGCUGUUCUUCAGGCGGUAACUGCUGUGCAGACAGCAAGCACCCCGCUUACUGGAACUACUGUCAGUGAGAGUGCAGUGACACCAGCUCAGAGCCCGGUACUCAGAGUAAUUAUUGACAACAUGUACUAUCCAGUAACUCUGGAUGUACUUUAUCAGAUUUUUUCCAAGUUUGGGCCAGUAUUGAAAAUCAUUACUUUCACAAAGAAUAAUCAGUUUCAAGCUCUGCUGCAAUAUUCUGAUCCUAUGAAUGCACACCAAGCAAAACUGGCUCUGGAUGGUCAGAAUAUUUAUAAUGCUUGCUGCACCCUCAGGAUUGAUUUUUCAAAAUUGGUGAACUUGAAUGUAAAAUACAACAAUGAUAAAAGUCGUGACUAUACCCGUCCAGAUCUUCCUUCAGGAGAUGGCCAGUCAUCUAUGGAUCCUGCCAUUGCUGCAGCAUUUGCUAAGGAGAGCUCCCUUCUUGGUACCCCUGCAGGAAUGAUGUCCAGUCCAUACAGUGGAAGCUCUGGGUUUCCAACUUCAUUAAGCUUUGCACAGACUGCAGCUGUUCCAGGAUCCCUGAGCCCAUUGGCUAUGCCUGGUCGUGUAACAAUGUCUGGAGUAGCUUCUGCCAACCACAGUGUCCUUCUGGUUAGCAAUCUGAAUGACGAGAUGGUUACGCCCCAAAGUCUGUUUACCCUCUUCGGUGUUUAUGGUGAUGUGCAGCGUGUGAAGAUUUUAUACAAUAAAAAAGAUAGUGCUCUUGUACAAAUGACUGAUGUGAACCAAGCACAGCUGGCCAUGAGCCACUUAAAUGGGCAGAAAAUGUAUGGAAAGAUUAUCCGUGUCACACUGUCCAAACACCAGACAGUGCAGCUACCUCGAGAGGGUCUGGAUGAUCAGGGAUUGACAAAAGAUUUUACUAACUCUCCACUUCAUCGUUUCAAAAAACCUGGAUCAAAGAAUUUCCAGAAUAUAUUCCCUCCCUCUGCUACUCUUCAUCUUUCAAAUAUUCCACCUUCAAUUACUGAAGAUAAUCUCAAGAUACUUUUUACAAACACUGGUGGCAAAGUGAAGGGCUUUAAAUUCUUCCAAAGGGAUCACAAAAUGGCGCUGCUGCAAAUGUGUUCUGUGGAGGAAGCAAUUCAGGCACUCAUUGACCUUCACAACUAUGAUCUUGGAGAGAAUCAUCAUCUGAGAGUCUCCUUCUCCAAAUCGACUAUCUGAAAAUACCCAGAAAAAGCUCACAGUUGAAUUAUUUGAUUUUGAUUUUGUGGUUUAUUGUAGACUUGUUUCAGGAAGGUGGGACCAGAGUUUAGCAAUUCCAGCUAAUGUCAUUCCUUCAUAUAUACAUUUGUUAUACUGAAGUUGGAAGGAUGAGCAAUCACUAGAAGGGGCAGAGAAAAUUCAUUCAACAACUGCUUGGGAUGAAAGUUCAAAACAUUCUUAUGUUGAAGUUUUUUUCAGAGAAUUCAUUCAUUUUUAGGUUUUGGAAAUUUGAAUAAUCUGUCUUUUUAUUUAGUAGAAAAAUAUGAAGAGAAAUGUGCCUUAAAAGUUGAAUAUACUAUGAAAGUGAAGCUGGGGCCUUCUUUUGGGCACAUGGUUGGAGAAUUUAAGUAAUAGUUGGGAGUAUUGUGUAAAUGUUAACACUAAGUUACAGUCUUGCUUGUUGCUGAAUAUACAUUUUGUAGAUGUUUGCAGUUGACAUUGCAAAUUGCUUAUCUGCAUUUCUAUUACCAUCUUUAGUUUGUAAUUAAGGACUGAAAUGGCUGUGGAUUUUUUGAGCAUGUGCAGUCAAGUCUAGUUAGUUAAUGAAAUUGGUGCAUGUGUCAUAGAAAGGCAAAAGAAAAAAUGCUUCAAAAUAAGAAGCAUAAAGAAUAGUUUUGUGGCAGUUUUCUAGAAUGGACAACCAGGUGGGACCAAAGUUUAUGUGCCUUUAGUCUUAAUUUACCUUGCAUUGUAAUAUUCAGUUUUAAUAAACCUCUUCAAGACAUUUUGUAUUUGAACUGAAACAGACUUUAAUAUAAACAGCUCUGUAUCUUCAAAUAAGAGGAAUUGUAUGAGUAAAGUUCAUCACCUUGAAGAAAGUCCAACAAUUAUAAGUGUUGUUAAAUUUAAGUAGUUUGGCCAAGAACUUUUCAGAUCUAUGUAUUAGUAUAAAUCAUAUACAUAGCAUAUCUGAACUAUGUAGCAAAAAAGGUCAUAUAUAUUUUCUAUAUUAGUUAUGUUUUUACAUCUUGAUCUCUAGCAAUGUAAAUCUCAGUAUAGUUUGAAAGAGGCACAAUUAAAAUUAAUUUUCUAACAAAAUUGGGAUGUUUGAUGGUUGUGUUGGCUUUGAUUUUCUUUUCUGUGUACUCUGUUCGCUUGCUGUAGCAUGCCUAAUAAAUACUUCUGUAGCUCUAUCCACCUUUUCUGUCUUUCUGUACUGCUUUUCCUCACUUCCCUUGUUUGUCUUCACCUCAUUUUAAGCUUCUAACUUCAUGGUUAAAACUCUUUAGGAUGAUAAUUUACAUACAGCCUUAUUCCUAUGACUUGCUAUUGCUCAAUUUGAGGUGUAAGUGAAGCGAUUUGUGUAUGCGGCAUUUAAAUUUUGGAGCUUGCCGUUUUGAUAAGGAACCUAAUUCGGACAGAUAUGCAUUUUUCUUGGGGAAGAAGAGGAAAUGUUAUCUAACAAACCUAUUUUGAAGAUUUCUGCAGUCUCUUGGGAAACAACAUAGGUAUAAAUGCCACUAGUUCAUUUUUAGUGAUUGUUAAUGCAUAAUUUUUCUUCAAGUAGUUUUGAAAAUAGACUAAAUAAAUUUAUGAUGCAUUGCAGACUUUCUAUAAUGAAUGUACUAAACUUAACAUGGAAAAAUAUAAGGUAACAGGAGCAGGGAAAAUAUGUUUUGUUCGCUUGCCUUUAUUUCAAAAACACAAAAUGGCUUUAGUUGUUUCAAACUUACAGUUAACACCAAACUCCAAAUUAAAAGACUUAAGAUAUUUUCUCUGGAGUUAGAGCCUGAAUGUGAUGUAAGUGUUCUUGAUUUUUUUUUUGAAAGAGCCAUGAACAAUUUCUUGUUUAAAAAAAAUCUUGGAAAUUUGGAAAAUUUUAAACCCAGCAUUUUGCAAUGAAUACUUAAGUGAUCUGUGCUAAGUUCUGUAAUUCUCAAAGAUGGAAAUAGGAAAUAAAAUGUUUGCUGGUAA